AUGGUUAUUGCGGUCCUUGCUUUGGUGUUGACUGUGAUUCCUGAGCAAGACAUUUUUCCGGCGACUGUGCCUGCUGAUUAUUCGUUCCGUGAGCUAAAAGCCAAAUUUGGUGAUGCCAGAAACCUUGACCAUACUGAGACAAGAAAGCUAUACAAUUCUCUUUUAACUGAAAUCAGGGAGCACUUCAACCGGCAGAAAAAUGCUCUGCAAGCGGCAGAGCAAGCGAUUUCUUGUAACGCAUUGCGCUGGAGGGCUCGUUUGUACGCAAGAUCGAGAGAUGGAACUUACACAAUCCCCAUCUUAACUGAUUGGUUUCUCCAACUACGGGAUAGCUAUGUUCACGGACUUCGAUAUCUUCCAAAAAGUUUCCUUCAGGAUCUGACAACUGCAUUAGCUGGCGAUUUUUCCUUUCGACGUUCUGGUCUGGUUAUUAGACAAAUUCGUGAAUGCAUUUUUCCAUCAGUGGAUUCUAUGGGGUGCCCAUCAUAUCAGUUUCUUCGUCAGAUUAAGGGGAAAAGUGACGAAGAUGUGUUGGCAUCAUGCACGGAGAGCAAUUUGUGGUAUGGAACAUCAUAG